CUUGGUUUCCUCACAUUUGUGGGUGUCAUGUUCUUCUUCCGCGUCCACGCCUCGCGCCGCAAGGAGCAAACCGUCCUGGAGAUGCUCAGGAAGCUUGACCUCCCAGGCAUCGUCCUGUUCAUUCCGACCGUGAUCUGCCUGCUCGUUGCUCUCCAGUGGGGUGGCGGCACAUACUCAUGGUCCAGCGGCCGCAUCAUCGCUCUGCUCGUCGUGUCUGGCGUUUUGGCCAUCGCUUUCCCUGUCGAGCAGAUCUUCAUGGGCGAACACGCUUUGAUCCCGCAUCGAUUGCUCACCACCACCCGGACCGUGCCCUUCGCGCUGAUGUUCGUCUUCUGCCUCGGGGCCACCUUCUUCAUCUUCGUCUACUUCCUGCCCACCUGGUUCCAGGUCAUCAAGGAUGUCAGCGCAGUCGAUUCCGGGGUGCACACCCUGGCAUUCCUCAUGGCGCAGGUGGUUGCGACCAUCAUUGCCGGUGUCGGCGUGAAGAGGAUCGGAUACUACGCCGCGUUCAUGUGGCUGUCGCUGGUCUUCGCCUGUGUAGGGAGUGGCCUGAUCACGACGUUCAGUGUCGACACGCCCACACGCGAAUGGAUCGGAUUCCAGAUCCUCUACAGUGUCGGGAGCGGAUUCGGGAUCCAGCAGGCCAUCCUGGCCGUACAGACGGUCGUGCCGCAGGUGCUGGUGGCCAUGGGCUCCGCACUGGUCAUGUUCUGUCAGCUUCUUGGGGGAUCUAUCUUCGUGUCGGUGGCAGAGAGCGUGUUCGACAACAAGCUUCUCUCAAAGCUGGCCGCGGACGUCCCGGGCAUCGAUGCCGCAGCUGUGAUGGCAGCCGGCACGACGGAACUGCGCAACUACAUCCCGGUGCAGUACCUGACGACCGUGUUGGCGGACUACAACGACUGUCUGGUGCAGGCGUUCCGCAUCGGGCUGGUCAUGGCGUGCGUGAUGACGUUUGGCGCGGUUGGAGUCGAGUGGCGAUCAGUCAGGGUAGGACUUAGGGCUGGGUUCAGCACUCAUGUUGAUUUUCCUUGGUUAUAG